UUCUCGCUUUGUAGUCCAAUCUACAAACUACAAUCGGAAGUCCUCUUAUAGGCCCACUAUCUUCUCUACAGCCCCUUUGUUCUAGAUCCCAUAGCAGGAAUCUCCUCCCCUGCUGCGAUGACGUCAAUAGCGUCUGAAUCCGUGGCCACGAUUCUCUGCACCAGUAAGCAGACGCGCUUCAAUAUACAGACCGCAGACCAUCGCGAGCUGGACAUUGACGGCCUCAACAUCACAGUCGCGUCGGCCGGGAAGUCCGGCGCAAAGGCCAAGUCCAAGGCCCGGAGUGACGGUACCGAGAUACUCGUUGACGCCAAGCUGCGCCUGAAGGCCGGCCAGCGGUACGCGCUUAUCGGGAGAAAUGGCUCUGGGAAGUCGACACUCCUCAAGGCCAUCGCCGAAAAGUUGAUCCCAGGUAUCCCCGAGGAGACUCGGGUGUCCCUUCUUCAGCAGACCAGCGUCAGCGAUGCCGAUUCAGACACGCGCCCCGGUGAUGGCGUGGCCGACACAGGUGAAUCUAGCGGCGGCCGCAGUGUUCUGGAGCAUGUAAUCGAGCAGGCGACUGCCAAGUCAGACGUCGAGCAGGAAAUCAGAGCCUUGUCCGAAGGCAUCAACAGCACCGACCCGUACGGCCCCGUGCACGCAGUUCGCGCUCUUCGUCACGAUAGAAACCAGAAGCGUCUCUUCCGAGAGGACAAGAACGCGAGGCUGCGCAGCGGAGAUCGGGGUCUAGCGGCCAGAAAAGUGCUCAAAGCAUUUGGAAAGACGGUUGCCGAGUCACAGAAACUCAUGGAGCAACCGCAGGGUGAGAUUUCAGCCGAGGCUCUCAAAAAUGAGACCCAGGAGGCAUUGGACAUGCUGGCGGAUCUCCAAUUACAGGUCGAGCCCUCCAGAGUAGCCGAGAUCGAGAGCAAAGCUAAGCGUAUCUUGACCGGUCUCGGAUUCUCCGAGGCCUAUAUGUCGAAACCGGUAUCCAGCCUCUCUGGUGGGUGGAGGAUGCGAACAGCGCUAUCCGUAUCGUUGCUCCAAGAGACUGACGUCCUCAUCCUGGACGAGCCUACCAACUUCCUCGAUCUGCUGGGCAUCAUCUGGCUUCAGCGCCAUCUUGAAUCCCUCCAAGACGUGGAUGGCGCUCCGACGCUGAUCCUCGUGUCCCAUGAUAGAGACUUCAUCACUCUCUGCACCGACCUUCUCAUACUCAAGGAAAAGGGGCUUACCUACUUCCACGGCGACCUGCCAACUUACGAGGCGUCACAAUCGGAGCGCAAACUCUGGCUGACCAAGAUGAAGGACGCCCAGGACAAGCAGAAGGCGCAUAUUCAGCAGAGCAUUUCUAACAACAUGAAGGCCGGAAAAGCCAACGACGACCAGAACAAGCUUCGGCAAGCCAAGUCCCGUCAAAAGAAACUCGACGAUCGCUGGGGCCUCCAAGUUAGCGCCAAGGGCGGUCGGUUCAAGUUGAACCGGGAUCUCGUCGGCUACCACUUGACGGCCCGUGACGAAAUCGAUGUCCCACAGGAUGAGCGACCGGUGAGCUUUGUCUUGCCGGAGCCCCCAGAUCUCCGAUUCCCCGGGCCUCUCAUAUCAGUGGAGAACGCAACGUUUCGUUACCCCGUCAAGACGAAGACAAAGACGGCGGUACCGAUUGUGUUACAGGCCAUCAACCUUUCGGUUCAUAUGGGCGAUCGUAUUGGCAUCCUUGGUUUGAACGGCGCGGGUAAAUCGACGCUUGUGAAGCUUCUCGUAGAAGAGGCGAAGCCCACGACCGGGACGGUGACGACCCAUCCCCGGCUGAAGCUGGGAUACUAUUCUCAGCAUGCAGUCGAAUCUCUGCAAGAAAAAGGCCGGGCCAAUCCCUCCAUGACGGCCUUGUCGUUGCUCACGGAAGAAGUGGCCGGGGAGCUGGAUGAAGGGCAACUUCGCGGCGUCCUCGGCAGCCUCGGCCUGCCUGGCCGGAUCGCUUCCGACGUGCCCCUCGGGAAGUUAUCUGGCGGCCAGCUGGUGCGAUGCGAGCUUGCGCGCCUUCUGUGGCGGAGACCGCACUGUCUCAUUCUUGAUGAAGUGACGACUCAUCUUGACUACGAGACUGUCACGGCCAUACGGGAAUCGCUCCGCGACUGGGAAGGGGCGGUGAUCCUCGUCAGCCACGACCGAUGGUUCAUGCGCGGGGCUGUCGAAGGGUUGGUGGAGGACUCUGACAGCGAGGAGGGGGACGACGACGAAGAUGCGGUGCCCAGACGGCGGCUUGUGUAUAAACUGAGGGCGGGGGUGCUCACGCGGUUGGAGGGCGGGGUGACCGAGUUUGAGGAGGGUGUUGCGAAGAGAGUGAACAGGCUGCUCAACAUGUAGAGAGACUACUGGAGUUGAUCGAGACUGGUUGGUGGUCUUGCAUUGUGCCAAAGUUUUUUUGUGCCACCGACUUGUGGUUGAUCUCGACAAUCGCAGCACGGGACGGUCAUCGAGUUCCGUUUGUUAGGCAGAAGGAUACCAUAUCAUUCCAUUGGACUAGCGAGACAGGCCUAAGCCGUCCGGCGCACGUUGAGUAGGUGCAUAGUUCGUUGUGGAUGUGGGGGGAGGGGUUUCCGGGAAUCCGCGCGUCGACUCCGGUUUUUGACCGCCCGCCCCGACCAGCAUCAAUCGCAUAAAAUUGUUUGCAUAUCGU